CUCUUAUCGAGGGUCGGGGGCUAGACACUUGCACAGAAAAGAAUAAAAAGAAGAGAGAGAGAGAGAGCGAGAAAGUGAGAACAUCGAUGGCUCACGCUGCUACGUCAAUGGCGGUUAGGGUUUUCUAUUGAUCCCCAGGACACUUUUAUCUCCUUCUUACGUCGCUUUCUCUCUCUCUCUUUUGCCUUGCCCUCAAAACCCUAAUUCUCAAAAACAUAUCUUCAAUUCAUACGCUUCGAUUCAAUCUCUCCCAAUUUCAGCUUCCAAUUCGAAUCGCAUAAGAGGAGCUGGAUGGGCGCACCGGAGAAAUCACACACCAGCCUUAAUUCGAUGCAGCGUGUUAAGGUCUAUCGUUUAAAUGAUGAUGGGAAAUGGGAUGAUCAUGGAACUGGGCAUGUCACUGUCGACUAUUUGGAGAGAUCAGAAGAGCUGGGUUUGUUUGUUUUUGAUGAAGAAGACAAUGAGACAUUGCUUGUGCAUCGUAUCAGUUCAAAUGAAAUUUACAGGAAGCAAGAAGAUACAAUUAUUUCAUGGAGAGAUCCAGAACAAUCUACGGAUUUAGCACUUAGCUUCCAGGAGACUACCGGCUGCGCUUACAUAUGGGACCAUAUCUGCAGUGUGCAAAGGAAUAUCCACUUCACUUCUCUUAACAAUGAGACAUUUCACAGUGACAACAGUGAAUUGAGAGAGCUGCCUGCAGUUGAGCUAUCUACACUUCCCUUAAUACUUAAGACUGUUGUUGAGAGUGGAAUUGCUGAUCAAAUGCGGCUGACAGACCUAAUAUUACAUGAUCAAGAUUUUUUCCGAAAGCUGAUGGACCUAUUUAGAAUCUGUGAAGACUUGGAAAAUAUUGAUGGUCUUCACAUGAUAUACAAAAUAGUAAGAGGGAUCAUUUUGCUCAAUAGUCCUCAGAUAUUUGAGAAGAUAUUCGGUGAUGACUUGAUCAUGGAUAUUAUUGGUUGUCUUGAGUAUGAUCCUGAAGUUCCUCAUGUCCAACAUCAUCGAAGCUUUUUAAAAGAGCAUGUUGUUUUUAAGGAGGCCAUACCAAUUAAAGAUGAUCAGGUUCUUUCGAAGAUACAUCAGACAUAUAGAGUUGGAUAUCUGAAGGAUGUCGUUUUGGCCAGAGUAUUGGAUGAGGCCACAGUUGCAAAUCUUAAUUCGAUAAUUCAUGCAAACAAUGCAAUUGUUAUAUCUUUGUUAAAGGAUGACAGUACCUUUAUUCAAGAAUUGUUUGCAAGGUUGAGAUCACCUUCCACGUCUGCAGAAUCCAAAAAGAAUUUGGUAUACUUCUUGCAUGAGUUUUGUAGUUUAAGCAAGAGCCUGCCAAUGGUCCAGCAGCUCCGGCUAUUUAGAGAUCUCAUGAAUGAGGGUAUCUUGGACAUUAUCAUUGAUGCUUUGCAGAGUCAAGACAAAAAGCUUGUAUUAACUGGGACAGAUAUCCUCAUUCUUUUCUUAAAUCAGGAUCCACACCUUCUCCGUUCAUAUGUUGUUCGCCAAGAAGGAAUUCCACUUCUAGGACUCUUGGUUAAAGGAAUGAUAACAGACUUUGGGGAGGACAUGCACUGUCAGUUUCUUGAAAUUCUUCGUAGUCUACUAGAUUCAUAUACGUUGUCAGGAGCACAGAGAGAUAAUAUAAUCGACAUUUUCUACGAGAGACACUUGGGUCAAUUAGUUGAUGUUAUUACAGCAUCAUGUCCUCUGGAUAGGAAUGCUCAAUCUAUUGGUAAAUCUUCGGGCUCUGGUGGAAGAGUUCAGGAAGUCGUGAAGCCUGAAAUUUUGUCAAACAUAUGUGAAUUGCUAUGCUUUUGCGUAGUCCACCAUCCUUAUAGAAUAAAAUGUAGUUUUCUCCUAAGUAACGUGAUAGAUAAAAUUUUGUUACUGACACGAAGAAGGGAAAAAUACCUAGUUGUUGCUGCUGUUCGGUUUGUUCGGACUAUUCUCACCCGCCAUGAUGAGCAUCUUAUUAGUCACUUUGUUAAGAAUAAUCUUCUCAAGCCAAUUGUAGAUGCCUUUGUUGGUAAUGGCAAUCGUUAUAACUUGCUCAACUCUGCUGUUUUAGAGCUUUUUGAGUACAUCCGAAAGGAAAAUCUGAAAUCAUUGCUUAAAUAUGUCGUUGAUUCAUUUUGGGAUCAGUUGGUCAAAUAUGAGUAUUUGGCAUCUAUUCACUCUCUAAAAGUUAAAUAUGAGCAGUGUCAAGAGAAUUGUGGAGCAAAAGGCACUGUCAGUGUGUCAGACCCUAGAAAAAGAAUUGAUGAUCGUGCUUUGGAAAAAGAGGAGGAAGACUAUUUCAAUGAAGAUAGUGAUGAAGAGGACACAGCAACUGCAUCCAUGUCGAAUUCCGAGAAAGCACAAGUUCAUCCUGUUUUAGCCAAUGGAGUUGCUGCAAGCUAUCAAACGUCAAGUCCAAGAUCUGGUGGGCUGGUUGAUUAUGAUGAUGACGAGGAUGAUGAAGACUACAAGCCACCACCAAGGAAACAGCCUGAUACGGAUGAGGAUGAAGGAACAAUGGAGUCCCUUAGGUUGAAGCGAAAAUUAUCUUCAAAGGAUAAGGAGCCUGAGCUAAGUAAGAAGCAGAGGUUGGGUAAAAAUUCUAAAUCAAAAGAUAGUGUAUUUGCUGCGUUGUGUUCAACCCUGAGUCAGGCAGUGCUACCUAGUAAGAAAACUGCAAGCUCUGUGCUUACAACUCCUCACACAGUGGAUGGGGACAAGAGCUCAGGGGAGGAGAAUCAUCAGGAGAACGAGGUAGCUGUUUCAAGAAGCUGUUCUGAGAAGAGCAGUCGGGAUGAGAACCACAGAGAGAAUGAACCUGCCGCUUCUAGAAGCUGUUCUGAAUGCCUGCAUGGUGCUUCUGAUAAUAGGCAGUUGGGUGGAGAGGACUGUCCAUUGAUACCACCAAAAUCAUCACCGGAGAUGGCUGUAAAUGGAUCCUAAUUUAUUUUAGAAUCAUAGCCAGCGGGGUUAUAGUCUUGCUUUAAUUGAACUCAUGAACGUGGUUCGUGCUGGAAAGCAGUCCUGGGCCACUGAAGGAACAACACUCAUUCGAAGAGGAAGUGAACCAGUGAAGAGGGGAUGAAUUGGUCUAUGGGCUUCCCAUCGCCGGUAGGAGGGGAUACUGUACAGUGCCAUUGGGAGGCCGGAAGAAAUUCAUAUUCACAAUGUGGCCUUUUCUACCCCUUCAGUCCUUGAGGGGCUGCUUUGAGUUUGAUAGUUGUUUUUGUAAAACAUUCAUCAGCAUUGAUUUUCUUUAUCCAAUUUCCUCUUCUUUUUUCGUUUA